AUGUCAAGCGCUACAGUCCUCGAUGAAUCUAGCGUUCCUAGCCCCAGGAGUACAUGGAGGAUGGACGGGCAGUUACGAUACGACAUUGCGAUGAACACCAUCAUUAUAAUCCUCAUCACUGAUGCGGUCUUACAUAUGACUCUGAGAGCCCACAAGAUUCCCCUUGCUGAUAACGUUGAGGGACUUUUAUGUACAUUUGUAGUUGCGUACGUGUUUGUCAUCACGACUAAUUGCGGGUAUUGGCUUACAGCAAGCGAGGAAGAAGGGUGUUUACUUGGAAUUUACAUCACGGGACGCCUUGGUCACACGUUAGGCUUUUGUAUUUUCCUCUGUCUCCUCUAUUCUAUUUCUCACUUGGCUAUGUACGUUGCUCUACCUUGUUUACUAUGGUUGGUGCCAGCCAUGUUUGCACCGUGUUGUCCAUGUCUGUGGAGAGGAGAGUCAACUUGGUGGAAUUUUGUGAAGCAACCACAACCAACAGUAGAUAUUGUUUAA